CUUGGCGCUUGUUUUGCAGUUGGUCCGAAGCUCUUCCGGUAUGUCGUCAAAGUCAUCAUGCAGUCGGUGCAGUUGCUGUACACAAUGCUGAGCAUAGAUCAGCCGUCCUAUAUUCUUCUUCAGAAUCCUCCAGGCUUACCUAGUAUAGCUGUUGCCUGGCUAGCAUGUCUCUUCUGGAGAAGCAAACUGAUAAUUGAUUGGCACAACUAUGGAUAUACUAUCAUGAGUCUGACUCACGGCAGAUACCACCCGCUAGUGCAUAUUGCAAAAUGGUAUGAAAAGCUUUUUGGACGUUUGUCUGACUAUAACUUGUGUGUCACUGAUGCGAUGAAAGAAGAUCUGUGGGUGAACUGCAACAUAAAGGCAGUAACGCUGUAUGACAAGCCAGCUUCUUACUUUAAGGAAACACCUUUAGAACUUCAGCAUCAUUUGUACAUGAAACUUGCCAAAGACUAUCAGCCUUUUAAACCACGCACAGAGUCCGUCAGUUCAAAUGCUGAGAGGUCUGCCUUUACGGAAAGGGAUGAAGUACAUGGGCGCGUGAUAAAACCCAAAGGACGGCCAGCUCUUCUCAUCAGCAGCACAAGCUGGACAGAGGAUGAAGAUUUUUCAGUCCUUCUGAAAGCUUUAGAAGGUUAUGAGUGGUAUGUCAACCAAGGAGUCAGGCUUCCGCCUUUAGUAUGUGUGAUAACAGGUAAAGGACCUCUAAAAGACCACUACAACAGACUGAUAAAUAAACUGGACUUUAAACAUAUCCAGUUCUGUACACCGUGGCUUGAAGCUGAGGAUUACCCUCUUCUGCUUGGCUCAGCAGACCUAGGGGUGUGUCUCCAUAAAUCAUCUAGUGGCUUGGAUUUACCCAUGAAGGUGGUAGACAUGUUUGGCUGUUGUUUACCUGUGUGUGCAAUACAUUUUAAAUGUUUACAUGAACUCAUGAAGCACGAUGAGAACGGGCUGAUAUUCAGCGACGCGGAAGAACUCACAGAACAACUAAAGAUGCUUUUCUUGGGAUUUCCUACCCUGGGAAGCAAACUUCAGACCUUCAGAGAAAACCUUCGUGAGUCUAACAAGCUGCGCUGGGAUGAGAAUUGGGACCAGACUGUUCUUCCUUUGCUUGGGCAGAAUGAAUGA